ACUCUUCCUCCCUCAACACUCUGUGAACACUCUGCUGAGUAUCCAGUGUGAUUCCUCUCUCGAGUAUUCUCUAUCAUCAUCCGCACCCCAUCUCCUACAAUCACUACACAUAUCUCUGUUCUCUUUCCAUCUGAUCACUCCACUACACUCUCCCCUGAAGCCUCAUCUCGACGCAGCAUUCCAUCACCAUGAAGGUCGCUACGUCGGCACUCCUGGUCGGGGCUGCCUCUGCGGCGCUCACGCCGCCGCAGCAGGUGUUCAAGAUGCCCAAGUUCGACACUGAUGCCUGGACGAAGCCGCUCCACAACUUGGAGGAGUCGCUGAAGUCGCUCACCGGCGAAGCGCGCGCGCUUUGGGAUGAGAUGGCACUGAUGUUCCCCAAGGACUUCGAGCAGGCCGCUUUCUUCUCCUCGCCGAAGCCGGCCACGAAGAAGGCUGACAAGGAGUGGGAUCAUAUCAUGAGGGGCGAGGAUAUCCAGAGCGUCUGGGAAGCCAACGCUGAUGGCGAACAAGAGCGGAGGAUUGGAGGCAGUCUUGCUGCGUACAAUCUUCGUACUAAGAAGGUCGACCCUGCUGCGCUUGGUGUCGAUAAGGUCAAGCAGUACAGCGGGUACCUCGAUGACAAUGAGAACGACAAGCACUUGUUCUACUGGUUCUUUGAGUCCCGCAAUGAUCCCAAGAACGACCCUGUUGUUUUAUGGCUCAACGGUGGCCCAGGCUGCUCGUCUAUGACUGGUCUCUUCAUGGAGCUUGGUCCGUCUUCGAUCACCAAAGACAUCAAAGUCAAGUACAACGAUUACUCGUGGAACAGCAACGCCUCCGUCAUCUUCCUUGAUCAACCUGUCAAUGUUGGUUUCUCCUACAGUGGUGGCUCGGUCAGCGAUACCGUUGCUGCUGGAAAGGAUGUUUACGCUCUCCUUACCCUCUUCUUUGAGCAGUUUCCGCAGUACGCGAAGCAAGACUUCCACAUCUCUGGUGAAUCAUAUGCUGGUCACUAUAUCCCGGUAUUUGCUCACGAGAUCCUCUCACACAAGAAGAGGAACAUCAACCUCAAGUCUGUUCUGAUUGGCAACGGUCUCACCGACCCUCUCACGCAGUACGACUACUACCGACCCAUGGCCUGCGGUGAGGGUGGCUGGCCAGCCGUUUUGGGAGAGAGCGAGUGCCAAGCUAUGGACAACGCGCUUCCUCGUUGCACCAGUCUCAUCGAGGGAUGCUAUAAUUCCGAGUCAGUAUGGUCGUGUGUCCCUGCAGCCAUCUACUGCAACAACGCUAUGAUUGGUCCUUACCAGCGCACCGGCCAGAAUGUCUAUGAUGUUCGUGGCAAGUGCGAGGAUUCAAGCAACCUUUGCUACUCCGAGAUGGGCUACAUCCAAGAAUAUCUCAACCAGAAGAACGUUCAGGAUGCGCUUGGUGCCGAGGUCAGCAGCUUCGACAGCUGCAACUUCGACAUUAACCGCAACUUCCUAUUCAAGGGUGACUGGAUGAUGCCAUUCUACCGCCUUGUGCCCGACCUUAUCAAGGAGAUCCCCGUCUUGAUCUACGCUGGCGAUGCUGACUACAUCUGCAACUGGCUCGGCAACAGAGCCUGGGCCGAGGCUUUGGAGUGGCCCGGCAAGAAGGCUUACAAUGACGCCAAGACCAAAGACCUUAUCUUGACAGGCUCUGACAAGAAGAUUGGUGAUGUCAAGGCUUCUGGCAACUUUAGCUUCAUGAGACUGCAUGCGGGCGGUCACAUGAUUCCUCACGACCAGCCUGAGGCUAGUCUUGACUUCUUCAACCGCUGGCUGAGUGGUGAGUGGGUUGAGAAAUGAAGAUUCACCCACGACGAGCAAGCGCCUUGGUAGAAGGUGUUCUGUUAUAUCGGCAGGAAAGGUUUUGAUGGAGG